AUGGCGGGACCGGGACCCGCCGCCGGGACGCUCCUCCCGGCAGUCCUGUUGGCCCUGCUGCUACCCUGGGCCGGCCGAGGCUCCGCCGCACCCGCCGCACCCAAUGGCACCCUGGAGGCCGAGCUGGAGCGCCGCUGGGACAGCCUGGUGGCGCGCUCGCUGGCGCGGCUGCCGGUGGCCGCGCAGCCCCCGGAGGCUGCGGUCCAGAGCGGCGCCGGGGACUACCUGCUGGGCAUCAAGAGGCUGCGACGACUCUACUGCAACGUGGGCAUCGGCUUCCACCUCCAGGUGCUGCCCGACGGCCGCAUCGGAGGCGUGCACGCCGACACCAGCGACAGUCUGCUGGAGCUCUCUCCGGUGCAACGGGGUGUAGUGAGCAUCUUCGGAGUGGCCAGCCGGUUCUUCGUGGCCAUGAGCAACAGGGGCAAGCUCUACGGCGUGCCUUUCUUCACCCAGGAGUGCAAGUUCAAAGAGAUUUUGCUUCCUAAUAACUACAACGCCUAUGAAUCCCACCAGUAUCCUGGCUUGUUCAUUGCCCUCAGCAAGACUGGGAAGACCAAGAAGGGGAACCGGGUGUCUCCCACCAUGAAGGUCACCCACUUCCUCCCCAGGCUGUGA